AGGAUCGAGGCCGAGGAAGACCGCCGGCUAUUUACCUGCAACAAAGACCAUCUUGGUUAACCCAUAAAAACGAGAAUGUUGGGCAAAUUCCACUUGUCUGAAGCAGGUCGAUGAGAGAGAGAGAGGGAGCAAAAAUGCCAGUUUUCUCUUGGCUCGGAUUCAUUCCCGACAAAGCGCAACUCAACCAACUCACGUCUCCUAUGUAUAUAAAUCGGAAGAAAGCAUGCCCACCCUCUCUCUCCUCUCUCCCCCUCCCCCCUGUGAGAGAUUAGGCAAUUGACUGCAUUUUAUUUUUUGGGUCUUUGUCAAGGGAGGGAGGGAGGGAGGGAAAAAUUUGGGGAGGUCGUCUGUUUUGUGGGUGCUGUCAUGACAAAGAUUUACCAGUUUCCGAAUUAGGCGUGACCAAAUGAAUACAUCGCCACGUCCACCUCCUCUACUUCUCUUCUUCAUCCCCUGAUAGGUGUAUCUGGUCAGAUCUGAGUUCUUUUUCGGGUAAUUGGUUGUUUUGUUUCCGUUGCCUCGGCGAGGAGGGGAAUCGAGAAGAGGGGAGAUGGCCGGCGUCGUUGCCGCUCGAAGAGUGAUGCAACGGGCUCUGACGGUCACGACCUUGGUGAACUGCAAUGUUGGGCGCCCUGGACUCGAAACGAGGGGGAUAUGGCAGCAUGUGAAUUCGAAAGGGAAGCGGGCGUUUCUUGUCGAUACCUUGGCUUUGGUUAGAACGUUAGAAGAACAAGGAGUUCCAUCGAAGCAAGCUGAAGCGAUCACUGCAGUGAUAACGGAGGUCCUGAAUGAUAGUUUGGAGAAUGUGGCUCAGUCCUGUGUUUCUGUAGGAGACAUGCAGAAGAGUGAAAUGGUUCAGGAAGCCAGCUUGUCCAAGUUUAAAUCUGAAGUUCAGAGAUCUCUGGAGAAUCGGUUGUCACUGCUUCAGCAUGAAAUAGAAAAGGUUCGAAGUGAAAUAGAAAAAGGUCGCAGUGAAUUGAGGUAUGAGAUUGACAAGGUUACAGCUGGACAACGCCUUGAUUUAAAUCUUGAAAGAGGGCGAACACGUGACGAACUGGCUAAUCAGCACACCGAGACGGCCAAUUUGAAUAAUAAACUUGAUAGGGAAAUUCAUGUUCUAAGGGCUCGCCUGGAAGCAGCCAAGUACGAUCUGAUCAAGUAUUGCGUUGGUACACUUGUAUCUAUCUCUGCUGUUGGCCUUGCUGUAGCUCGCAUUCUUAUAUGAAACUACACCAACCUUUGAAGUCCCCACCUUUUUUUGGGGGCUUCAAAUGAUACAAGCUGACAGUUUUUUUUCUUUUUUAAAAUGUGUUUUCCUCUCGGUUGGGUAACCAUUUUGAACUGCUCAACCAGAAAUUCUUCAGGUGGGUCGGUAUCCCAUUUGAUUGAUUGUUGUAACAAGUGCCAUUGAAAGAUGUAGUCAUUUGGAAAUACAAGUCAUUAAUUAUGAGAUUCAGUGUGA